AUGAAAGACGCCGAGCGCAUUCCCGGACCUAAACCCCUGCCAGUUGUGGGAAACCUGUUGGACAUCGACCCGGAGCAUGGUCUGCAAUCCAUUAUUGCAUUCGCGGAUAAAUACGGACCCCUCUUUCAGAUCACUAUCAACGGUGAGAAGCAGAUCUUCGCGACUAGCCAGGCCCUGGUAGAUGAGCUCUGCGACGAAUCGCGCUUCCACAAGGCCGUAGUGACUGGCCUCGAGAUUUUACGAUUACUGGCCCACGAUGGCCUCUUCACAGCCUACCAUGGAGAGCGCGGCUGGGGGAUUGCUCACCGGAUUCUGGUGCCUGCCUUUGGCCCCCUACGUAUUCGGAACAUGCUCGACGAUAUGAGCGACGUAGCGCAACAAUUGUGUUUGAAGUGGGCGCGCCAAGGAGGUUCAACCAGUAUCAAUAUCACCGAAGACUUCACACGCCUCACUCUAGACACUAUUGCCCUCUGCACGAUGAGUUUCCGGCUGAACAGCUUCUACAACAACGAGACCAUGCACCCGUUUGUUCAAUCCAUGAUGCACGUCCUGAAGGAAGCCGAUGUCCAGGCUAAUCUUCCCGGGAUUGCAAAUUCAAUUCGUAUCUCGGCACAGCGGCGCAUGCAUAAGAACAUCGAGGCGAUGAGGACCAUGGCUCGCGGCAUCAUCCAGGAGCGCAGAAAGAACAAAAAUCCAGUUAAUGACAUCCUGAACACGCUCUUGAACGGGAGGGACCCAGUCACUGGAGAAGGCAUGAGUGAUGACUCAAUCAUCGACAAUGUCAUCACCUUUUUGAUUGCUGGCCACGAAACAACUUCAGGCCUGCUCUCGUUCACGUUCUUUUUUUUGUUCCAACACCCCCACAUCUUGAAGAAGGCCCAGGAAGAAGUCGACGAGACUGUCGGCCUGGCCCAGAUCUCUGCGCAACACCUCGCAGAGCUUCCGUAUAUCGAUGCCAUAUUAAAAGAGAGUCUGCGCUUGAUGCCUACUGCCCCUGGCUUCGCCGUCACUCCAAAGAAGACAGAGGUUCUGGGCGGGAAAUGGAUGAUCAAUGCCGGUCAACCCGUCAAUGUCCUACUGCCUGCCUGUCUACGGGAUCAGAGUGUCUUCGGACCCGACGCAGACGAGUUCCGCCCUGAACGCUGCAUUGGCAGGGCUUUUGCUUGGCAAGAAGCCCAACUCGUGGUUGCCAUGAUUCUACAAACGUUUGAUUUGGUGCCAGAUGACCCGUCCUACCAGCUGCGCAUCAAAGAGACUCUCACCAUUAAGCCAGAUGGAUUUCGGGUCCGUGCCACACUGCGCCGCGGUCAGACUGCCACUGGGCUAUCUCGACGUAGCAUGUUAGUGGCGAGGGAUGGGAGCUCAGGGGAGUCGUCAAAUCAUCCCGCCGAGGCCCGCGGAGACCACGCACCAGCAAGAGGGCAGCCGGUUUCCUUCUUCUACGGCUCUAACAGCGGAACAUGCAAAGCCCUCGCCCACCAGUUAGCAUCGAAUAUGAUGUCCCGCGGAUAUACUACCCAGAAGCUGGCUCCGCUAGAUAAUGCCGUCGACAACCUACCGAGAGAUCAGCCAGUCAUCAUUCUAACAACCACGUACGAUGGGCAGCCCACAGAUGAUGCGAAGAAGUUUGUCGCCUGGCUCGAAGCUGGCAAUGUUCCGUCUCUCCAGAGUAUAUCUUACGCUUUAUUCGGCUGCGGCCAUCAUGACUGGACUCAAACUUUCUAUCGCAUCCCCAUCUUAAUUGAUGACCUGAUGCACAAGGCCGGCGCCACACGCCUUGCGCCACGAGGUGCAGCUAAUGCGGCAGUCAGUGAUCUCUUCUCGGAUCUGGAAGCAUGGGAAGAAACAAGUCUGCUGCCCGCUCUUAGAGAGAACUUUCUCCCAUCCAACAGCACCGACUUCGAUCCGCUCAACCCCCACCAGAUACAGCUCAGCCUCAGUAAGCCCAGGAGGGUGGACCUGCACAAGGGUCUUAUAGAGGCAAAAGUGACUGCUGUCCGAGUCUUAACUAGCCCCGACACGCCGGAGAAGCGACAUCUGGAAUUUUGCUUCCAGGGCGACACCAGCUUGCGACCAGGUGAUCAUCUCAAUGUUCUCCCAGUCAAUCCACCCAGCACAGUCUCGCGGGUCCUGGCGCAAUUCAACCUCGCACCGGAUUACAACAUCACAGUCAAUUCAUUCAACACACUUGGUCUCCCCCAAGCCACACCUGUGUCGGCAUCCGAGCUAUUUAGCUCGUACGUAGAGCUAUGCCAACCAGCGACACGGAAUAACCUCAAAGCACUCAUUGCAGCCACACAAUCAUUUCCAGACAAACAAGAAUUGAACCGCCUGUAUGAUUCAUACGAAUUCAUAGUCCGGGACAAACGCGUCUCAGUGUUGGAUCUCCUUGAACAGUUCCCCUCUAUCUCCCUUCCUAUCGCCGCUUUUAUCUCCAUGCUCCCAGCUCUCCGCGUCCGGACAUAUUCUUUAUCAAUGGCUCCCUCGUUCAAACCAUCCCACAGCUCGCUCACCUUCUCCGUGAUCAACGAGCCAGCAUGGCGCGGCAGUGGACAGCAUCUGGGCGUCGCAUCGAACUACCUUGCAUCGCUCACAUCAGGGUCCAUUUUUUACUUCUCUCCACGACCAGCCAAGGAGUCUUUCCAUCUUCCGAAUGACCCUUCCAGCACACCUAUUAUCAUGGUCUGCGCGGGCAGCGGUCUAGCCCCUUUCCUUAGCUUUAUACAAGACCGAAUGGUCUUGAAACAGCAGUACAAACCACUCGCGAAGGCAUUGCUGUUCUUUGGCUGCCGUGGGCGCUCCUUGGAUGACCUUUACCAUGAAGAAUUAUCUGAGUUUGAAGCUGCGGGUGUGGUUGGGAUUCGGAGAGCAUACAGUAAAACUCCGGAUUUCGACAUAGCCAAAGGAUGUCGAUAUGUGCAACAUCGACUGGUAACGGAAGGUCAAGCCAUCCUGUCUCUUUGGUCACAGAAUGCUAUAAUCUAUGUCUGCGGCUCGACGAACAUGGCCAAGGGGGUCGAGGCCGUGUUACAGAAUAUGUUAGGCCCUUUGCCAAAGGAGCGAUAUGUUACGGAGAUCUUUUGA